GCUUCUUCUUCUUCUUCUUCUCCGCUCAGCCAAACAGCCGCAGGCGCCAAAUUCACCAUUGCAGCCGCUCCCGCUGCCUGGGCCUCUGACCAGGAGCCACCACGGCAGCACCGGUGCUGCUGCUGCUGCUGCCGCUCUCUCUCUCUCUCUCUCUCGGAAGGUCGGGCGCCGUUGCCAGGUGGGGGGACAUGGCUGCCCCUUUCCCCUGUUCUAACCAUAUUACAUAAGUUUUUCUUUAUUAUUUCUCCUUGUUCUGAGGGUCAAACACGGAACUUCAUUUUCUCCCAACUCCCUCUCUACGUCUCUCACACACAUAUUAAUCAAAACAGGCUAGUUUGCAGCUUUACUUCCAACAUCGAAUCCUCAUCAAUCAAAACAGUAUUGAAUACUCUUAAGCAUUGCAUUGUAGUCGAAGCACUUCUUGUGCUGCAUUGUUGAGUGAAAGGAUGACGUCAACGGGACUGCCGCCACCAUCUUCUUUGAAGAGACGGGAUUCGUCUACAAUAAGGGAAGGGGAUCAGCUAAUUAUUACCCCUUUAGGAGCUGGCAAUGAAGUUGGUCGUUCAUGUGUUUAUAUGUCUUACAAAGGGAAAACUGUAUUGUUUGAUUGUGGAAUUCAUCCCGGUUACUCUGGCAUGGCUGCUUUACCAUACUUUGAUGAGAUUGAUCCUUCAACCAUCAACGUGCUUCUGGUUACGCACUUUCACUUGGAUCAUGCUGCAUCCCUUCCAUAUUUCUUGGAGAAGACCACAUUUAGAGGCCGAGUUUUUAUGACUCAUGCAACGAAGGCAAUCUACAAGUUGCUUUUGUCUGAUUAUAUAAAAGUAAGCAAGGUUUCAGUUGAAGACAUGUUGUACGACGAGCAAGACAUUCUUCGGUCCAUGGAAAAAAUUGAGGUUGUUGACUUCCAUCAGACUGUAGAGGUAGGUGGUAUACGCUUUUGGUGCUACACUGCUGGUCAUGUCCUUGGUGCUGCAAUGUUCAUGGUUGACAUUGCUGGUGUGCGAGUUCUCUAUACAGGAGACUAUUCACGGGAAGAAGACCGUCAUCUCCGUGCUGCUGAGAUCCCUCAAUUUUCUCCUGACAUUUGUAUAAUUGAAUCCACUUAUGGUGUGCGACUCCAUCAGCCCCGGCAUGUGCGAGAGAAGCGCUUCACGGAUGUCAUCCACUCUACCAUUUCCCAAGGAGGUCGUGUCCUGAUUCCAGCAUUUGCCCUUGGCCGUGCCCAAGAACUACUACUUAUCCUUGAUGAGUACUGGUCAAACCAUCCUGAGCUCCAUGACAUCCCUAUAUAUUAUGCUUCCCCACUUGCAAAAAGGUGCAUGGCUGUUUACCAAACCUACAUCAAUUCCAUGAAUGACAGGAUCCGCAGCCAGUUUGUGAACUCAAACCCAUUUGACUUCAAGUACAUUUUGCCAUUAAAGAGCAUUGAAAAUUUUGUUGAUGUAGGUCCCUCUGUGGUAAUGGCUAGCCCGGGUGGGCUUCAGAGCGGGCUUUCACGACAGCUCUUUGAUAUGUGGUGCUCUGAUAAGAAAAAUGCUUGUGUAUUACCUGGGUAUGUUGUGGAAGGGACAAUGGCAAAAACCAUUACUUCUGAACCCAAAGAAGUCACUCUUGUGAACGGUCUAUCUGCUCCUCUCGAGAUGCAGGUCCAUUACAUUUCCUUCUCAGCUCAUGCAGAUUUUUCGCAGACAAGUACUUUCUUGAAAGAGUUAUUGCCUCCCAACAUAAUUCUUGUUCAUGGAGAAGCUAAUGAGAUGGGGAGGCUCAAACAGAAGCUUAUAUCCCAGUUUGCAGACAGCAAUACGAAAAUUAUUUCUCCAAAGAACUGCCAGUCUGUUGAAAUGUAUUUCAACUCUGAGAAAAUGGCAAAAACUAUUGGAAAGCUGGCUGAAAAGACCCCAGAAGCUGGUGAAACUGUUAGCGGUUUACUUGUAAAGAAAGGGUUCACUUAUCAGAUAAUGGCACCUGAUGAUCUCCAUGUCUUCUCACAGCUGUCCACAGCAAUUGUGACUCAGAGGAUUACGAUUCCUUACUCUGGUGCCUUUGGGGUGAUAAAAUACAGGCUCAAGCAAAUGUAUGAAAGUGUCGAAUCUGCUGUGGAUGAAGAGUCUGGUGUCCCAACUUUGCAUGUGCACGACCGAGUAACUGUGAAGCAGGAGUCAGAGAAGUGUAUUUCGCUGCAUUGGAUGUCGGAUCCCGUUAGUGACAUGGUUUCGGACUCCGUUGUUGCUCUGGUUUUAAAUAUCAACAGGGAGAUGCCCAAGAUUGUAGUUGAGUCGGAGGCCAUUAAAACUGAAGAAGAAAACGAGAAAAAAGUUGAGAAGGUUAUUCAUGCUCUUCUAGUCUCUCUAUUUGGAGAUGUGAAGUUUGGAGAGAAUGGGAAACUGGUUAUAAGUGUCGAUGGGAAUGUGGCCCAUCUUAAUGCACAGAGCGGAGAUGUUGAGAGCGAAAAUGAUGGUCUUAAGGAGAGGGUGAAGAUGGCAUUCCGACGAAUCCAAAGUGCUGUGAGGUCAAUCCCACUCUCUGCAUCUUAGCCCCUUCCAUUAGCUUGUAUGGUAACUCACCUCCCUUCCCAUUCCCCCACCUUUUUUGUAGCUGCUCCUCUCUCCUCUUUUUGUAAGAAUUAUGCACUUUGAGGAUAACAGAUGUGUUCAUGUUGCUGUUACAUGUUUUACUGGUUGAUUACGUUUGUUAUCUGAUGCUUAAUUAGUUAUACCAAUGAAGUAUUUUUGCUUAUUA